AUGGCGAGUGAAGGGAACGAGGGAAGUGAUGCAAUGCCCUGUUGGUCUGAUAGAGUUGGAGAUGAAACUGGAAACGUGGAGGGCGCGAUAACGCCAGCAACUACACCACGUAGAGGCCUGUGGUGCCCGUCACGCCGUCCAGGUUGUGCUACGUCGGGCCGGGUUAGUACAAUCGUUGGUGACGGAUUCGGAACGCUCGGGGCCCUCUUUUAA